GGCACUGAGUCACAGGUACGACAGCGGGCUCUGAGUCAAUUGGCACGACAGUUAGCGGGCACCGGAUCAGGUACCGGAUCAUUCUGGAUCAACAGCGGGCAUCGAGUUCAACUGGCUCUAAUAGGAUCGUCAGGCUGGAUCAGUUUCACCAUGCUGGGUAGAGGAUGCAUCAGGCUGGAUGCCGGCGUCCGGCUGAGUAGAGGCUUCAUGCUGAGUACAGGCAUCAGGCUGAGUCAAGGCAUCAGGCUGAGUAGAGGAUUCAGCUGAGUAGAGGAAUUCAGGCUGAGUAGAGGCUUCAGGGCUGAGU